CUGGUCAGUAGACUGGUCCAGAAACAUGGUGGUCUGUGGCCACUGUGCCUCCAGAGGCCUGACUCAGGGGAGGAGAGCCAGGCUGGACAGUGGAGGGAGGUACCCUGAAAAUUGGGUGGGUGCUACAGGGUGAGUGGAAGGAAUAUUCUAAGGACCAGAGCCAUCUGCUCCUCCCCCCUCCACCAGGAGGCUCCCACCCUAAGGCCCUACGUGGGUGGCUCACGGAGGAAGUGGGUAGGAAGCAUCACUCCUUGCGGGGGUCUGGCGGGAGUCAGUAACUUCUUGAGGCAGCCUUGCAGUGGAAGGCCCCGGGAGAGGACUUUCAUGAGCAUUUUGUCCCAGGCACUGGGCAGGGGCUGUGCACGGCACCAUCUUCUUUGAUCACCCUGUGAGGUCCCACACACCAUUCCCCAAGUUGGAGCUGAGCCUGGGGUCCCGGCCUGCGGCACCCCGGGAGCUUCCUGCCUGCUGCAUCUGCCUGGAGAGGCUGCGUGAGCCCAUUGCGCUGGACUGUGGCCAUGACUUCUGCACGCGGUGCUUCAGCACGCACCGCCUCCCUGGCUGCGGGCCGCCCUGCUGCCCGGAGUGCCGGAAAAUAUGCAAGCAGAAGAAGGGGCUGCGGAGUCUGGGGGAGAAGAUGAAGCUCCUGCCACAGAGGCCGCUGCCCCCCGUGCUGCAGGUCUGGGACCUGACCUGGUAGCAGGGUGGGGCACAGAGAGGCCCAGCUCAGCGGGGGAGGCCUGUGCCGUGAGGGCAGAGCCCCUGCUGCUGGUGCGAAUCAACGCGUCUGGAGGCCUCAUCCUGAGGAUGGGUGCCAUCAACCGCUGCCUGAAGCACCCCCUGGCCAGGGACACCCCCAUCUGCCUCCUGGCUGUCCUGGGGGAGCCGCACUCAGGGAAGACCUUCCUCCUCAACCACUUGCUCCAGAGCUUGCCGGGCCUGGAGUCUGGCGAGGGCAGCUGGCCGAGAGGAGGGGGGUCUCUGCAGGGGUUCAGAUGGGGUGCCAAUGGUCUCACCAAGGGCAUCUGGAUGUGGAGCCACCCCUUCCUGCUGGGGAAGGAGGGCAAGAAGGUGGCUGUGUUCCUGGUGGACUCGGGGGACACUAUGAGCCCUGAACUGAGCAGAGAAACCAGGACCAAGCUCUGUGCUCUCACCACGAUGCUGAGCUCCUACCAGAUCCUCAGCACCUCCCAGGAGCUGAAAGAUACAGACUUGGAAUAUCUGGAGAUGUUUGUCCACGUGGCUGAGGUGAUGGGCCGGCAUUAUGGGAUGGUGCCAAUCCAGCACCUGGAUCUCUUAGUUCGAGACUCCUCCCACCCCAACAAGGCAGGGCAGGGACACCUGGGUGAUAUCAUCCAGCUCGGAGUUCUUCCUGUCACCUCCCAGAAAUCCUCUGGCAAGUACCCCAAGGUUCAGGAGCUGCUCCAGGGGAGGCGAGCCUGCUGUUACCUCCUGCCGGCUCUGGGGAGGCGGUGGGCGAGCAAAGGCCACGGAAGCCCGGGAGACGCAGAUGACGGGUCCCGCCACCUCCGCGCCUAUGUCGCCGAGGUGCUGAGUGCGGCCCCCCAGCACGCCAAGAGCCGCUGCCCGGGCUACUGGAGCGAGGGGCGCCCCGUGGCCAGGGGGGACCGGCGGCUGCUCACCGGGCAGCAGUUAGCUCAGGAAAUCAAGAACCUCUCGGGCUGGAUGGGGAGGACAGGCGCCGGGUGCGCCUCUCCAGAUGAGAUGGCCGCCCAGCUGCACGACCUGAGGACCGCGGAAGCUGCCAAGAAGGAGUUUGAGGAGUUCGUGCGGCAGCAGGACGUGGCCACCAAGCGCAUAUUCUCCGCGCUCCGGGUGCUGCCCGACACCAUGCGGAACCUCCUCUCCACCCAGAAAGACGCCAUCCUGGCGCGCCACGGCGUGGCCCUGCGGUGCAAGGGCCGGGAGCAGACCCUAGAGGCCCUGGAGGCCGAGCUGCAGGCCGAGGCCAAGGUCUUCAUGGACUCGUACACCGUGCGCUUCUGCGGCCACCUGGCGGCCGUGGGGGGCGCCGUGGGUGCCGGGCUCAUGGGCCUGGCGGGGGGCGUGGUGGGCGCCGGCAUGGCAGCCGCCGCGCUGGCUGCUGAGGCCGGGAUGGUGGCAGCUGGCGCCGCGGUGGGGGCCACGGGGGCUGCCGUGGUCGGGGGCGGCGUAGGUGCUGGGCUGGCUGCCACGGUGGGCUGCCUGGAGAAGGAGGAGGACGAGAGGGUGCAGGAAGGGGACCGAGAGCCCCUGCUCCAGGAAGAGUGACAGCCCCCAGAAGACGGGAAGGCGGGGAGAGGUUCCAGGGGAGAGGGAAGGAAGUGGGGGAGCAGAGGCGUGGGAGCCAUGUUCCCAGGGCCCCCGUGUACCGCCCACCUGGAUGAACGAAUGCCCAGUGUCCUCAUGGCUGGCUGAGCUGGAGGCUGAAGGUGGCUCCAGGAAGCUGGGGAGGCCACCUGGGGUAGAAGACAGUGUUUGGGGGCAGUGAAUAGAGUGUAAGGCCCGUUUCUGGCUGCAGCUGAUUGCUAACUUGCCAUUGUUCCCAGAUAAACGACCCAGGUCUCCCACCAGAGUGAGGCUCCACCUUCCCUGUCCUGGCUUACUCUCCUGGAUGACCCUGGAUUGUGGGAAGGCUGAGCACGUGCCAUUCUGGAAGUCUCCCCUUGGGUGGAGUGGACACCUGUCCCUUCACAGAUGGGAGAAGCCCCAGGUGGAGUGACCUCAGUCAGGGAUCUGGGAGCACUGGUGAGGGGGUGGGGGGCACUGAGCAAAACCAAAGAGUGCGGGAAUCGUGAACAGUGGCCCAAUCCCCCUCGUGGAGACGUGCCCCUACAACUCUUUUCAAAGCUGCCCCAGCAGGACAAAAGUGGCUACCCCUCCACGUCAGGAUGUCGCCUUGAAGCAGUCCCUGAAGGUGUCCGCAUGGUUGUGCCCUUUGUUAAGUCUGGUCAGACAGCGGGGUGCCCAUGUUCAUUGUGGAAUGCUGUCCCAGAAAACGGUUAAAUGCCAAAGAAAAGCACCUGGAAUUGAAUUCUGAGCUAGACCACACAGCACUCAGAGCAGUCAGUGAAAGUCCUUCAAGGGACAGGGGAGCACCUUUCCUCCUGAACACCCCCCUCUUUCCUGAGCCUGUGAGAAGACCCCUCUGCUCUGAGUUAGCCAGAGAUCUGUGUGCAGCUGCCCACAGGGAGCCUGAGGGCUGUGCACCUCUCCUGGGGGACAGGAAAGUCCCACUGGAAGACCUCUAGACUAUUAAACUGUAAAGGAUUAAUGGGCACAUUAUAUGAAAAAUAAAACGUAUGUGCUUGCA